CUUUACUGUGUUUUCAAAGAUAAAACUAAAAUUCCCAACAUCAUUAUUUCUAGUUUUGUAGAUGCAACCAUGGCUGAUACUACUAAAACAGAGUAUCAAGUGACGUUGAAACUUCUAGUGAACAAAAAAACAAACAAAGUCUUAUUUGCCGAAUCAGGGAAGGAGUUUGUAGACAUUCUUUGUAGCUUCUUAACAUUACCAUUAGGAACCAUUGCAAGACUUUUGCAGAAAGACACAAACAUGGGAUCGGAUACAAUUGGUUGUCUCAACUCACUCUAUCAAAGUGUCCAAAAUUUUGAUGAAAAGUGUCUUAUGACAGAGACAACCAAAAAAUUGUUAUUGCAACCUAAGAACUCAUCGGAAAAAUAUUGUAGCACUCUCAAAUUUAACAUUGAUGAUACUGCGCCAACGAAGUACUUCAUAUGUUCGAGACCUGGUGGUUGUUGGCACAAUAGUUGUUUCAGCACUUCCAUAAAUGAGAUAUGUUCGUGUGGUUGCCGUUUGAACUGUUUAGUUUUGUUAAGAACUUUCCGCAAUGGAUUUGUUAAUGGUGAUGCUAGUUUUGUUAUCACUGACAAUCUACGUGUCAUUCCAAACUCCAUGGAUUAUACAAGCCUUGCUCUGCUCCACAGUUUAGGGAUUCAAAGCGCAAAUUUAGUGAAGGAAAUUACUGUGAAUCUCACUAAGGAUAAGGUUCUGCGUUUACCAUUUCUGUUUCUCAAAUUAUUUCUUUCUUAA